AUGCCUGGGCUUAAGCCCAAAAGCCCACAGCCUGGCUUGCUGGAUAACAGACCCGCGGUUUUUUUCCGGCCCUUACCUCUGUCUGCCAUUCUCGUUUCUCAAAAUCUGACGACAUUGAGGGGUCUCCGUCGCGGCCGGUCGAGGUGUUUGGAGACGGUAUUAGCACUGCUGGAUACCGCAGCAGAACGUAGGCAAAAGAUUCUCUCGUAUUCUAAAGACAUAAUGACACAGCAGAAUACAAGUGUUGACAUAGAGUAUGAAUAUGAAGAAUUUAACAGUUCCAAGCGAUCAAAACUGACUUCUAAAGUAUGGGAAGAUAUGCUCAAAAUUCAAACAAGCGAUGGUAGUAAAGUUCAAUGCAAACACUGUGGCAGGUUGUUGCAAGAUAACUGCGGAACUUCUCAUUUAAAGCGUCACAUAGUCAGAUGUGUCAAGCGUCCAAAAACAGGGGAUGGUGUUGAGCAAGAGCUAAUGACUUUACCACGUGUUCAGGACGUAGGUAUUGACAAAGAAUUUGGACCAAACACAGUAUAUAUGGCUCACCCGUUAAAGGCUGAACCUGCAUCCCUUGUCACUUCUUUGCCUGAGACACCAAAUAGUCAAGGAUCGAUCAUUACUGAUUCUGCUACUGGGAGGGAACAACAUCCAAAAACCAAAUCCAUUUUGGGAUUGGCUAACACUGACUCUCCCAAAAGCCAGAUCGAUCUAACAUUGGAUGAUGCAGAAAUGAGAGCAUUUUAUGCUUCCUUGGAUGCUGAGACCUCAGUUGUGUCACCUCCCCAAGAUAAUAGGGGCAGCAGUGAAUUGCCAAGAACCCCUCCAUGCGAAGAGACUGAGAAAGCUUUGAAAACAUUGCAAGACUUCCUCUCCAAAGACUUUUCCGUUGUAUUGCAUUCUGAGCAGCGCAAUUCGAUGAAGUCCACCUUAGAGUACCUUUCCAACCUCACAGUAUAUGAUGGGAUCUCUCUGGAAGUGCGCUUAUUAAUAUCAGAAGUUUCGAAAAGAUUUACUCAGUGGAGUUCUGAAUAUAAUAAUGCUGGUCGGCAAAUUGAGUGUGCUAGCACGAACCUGUUGAAAGCAGAUAAAGUAGAAGAAAGUCUUGAAGCUAACAAGAACCAGUUUAAAGAACUAGCAUCAUUAGAAAACGAGUUAAGCAGCCAGUUAGCCGGUUUGGAGGAAAGAAAGAAAGAAUUGGAAGAGCAGCUGAGUGGCAUUAAAGCAAACAUCUGUGUUUUUCAGUCAGCUAAGACCACGGCAACGAAGAGAAAGAGGGAAACAUUCGAGGAAGGAAAGACCCUUAAAGCACAAAGAGAUGAGUUGAAAGAACAAGCCCCACACUUAAGAGAUGAGUGGGAAUUGGCUAAGAAAACCCAAGCAAAUAUAAAAGCUGAAUGGUCAAAGCUAGCAGAAAAAUUUAAUGAAAGGCUAGAUGGUGUAAACUGUCAGUACUUUGAUAGUAACAGGCGCAUUGAGCCUUGUGAAAAUUGA